GGCCAUGACUUCUCCGUCCCGUGGGAACUUAAUCUUCCAGAAGCUGCUGUAAAUAGAUUGCAGACUGUCGGAUUAAGGUUCUGUGGAGUUGCAGAUCAGGCCCUUCCCAGAUUGAGAGGUGCCCUUCCUGCUGAUAAACCUGCACGCAAGGCCCUUGACGAAUUAGCAGAUCUAUUUAGCUAUUUACGAGUUUGGAAGAUUAACAAACAUGUAUUCAUAGAUGCUCUUAUGCCACCAACAGAGAGUUACCACCGGGAUUUGUUUUUUCAG